CUAGCUCAAAGCCAAAGAGAUCCUCUGUCCCUCUCACACUGACCGAGCUUUAAACCAGAGCUAUCCCCCUGAAAAAUUGAGACAUUACUCCAAAGGAAGUUAUUGCUCAAGCCUAAAGCUUGUAAGCCUCGAACCAAAGGAGAACAGGUGUAACAGACAGAGAGGAGAGCAACAGGUAGCAAGUGAAUCACCUUUCUGGUGUUCACAUCAGUGGAGUUCAAGUUUCUACACGUUUAUAACAGAUCUGAAGAUUUCAGCCACAGCCAUGACUCAGAGCAACGGGGAGAACCCUCAGAGGACCCGGAGUGGUCUCCACCAGAUCCGGGCCGGCAUCCAGUCCCGGUCGCUGCUGGCCAAGAAGAGAGUGGAAAACAUCACGAGGAGUGAUGUCAAAGGAUUCUUCAUAAGAAAUGCCUUUGUGAUACUUACUGUCGCUGCAGUUAUUAUAGGUAUGAUCCUGGGAUUUGCCCUGCGGCCUUACAAAAUGUCUUAUCGCGAAGUGAAGUUCUUCUCUUUUCCUGGAGAGCUGCUGAUGAGAAUGCUUCAGAUGCUGGUGCUUCCUUUGCUGAUUUCCAGUCUCAUCACAGGUAUGGCCGCUCUAGACAGCCGUGCAUCUGGUAAAAUGGGUAUGAGGGCGGUGAUCUACUAUACCACCACUACUGUGAUUGCUGUGUUCAUCGGGAUCGUCAUGGUGCUCAUUAUUCACCCUGGAAAAGGAUCCAAGGAUGAGUUUACCAAGCAACAGCAGAUAGAGCGGGUCAGCCCUGCUGAUGCUUUUCUGGACCUUAUCAGAAACAUGUUCCCUCCUAACCUUGUGGAGGCUUGCACUAAACAGUUCAAGACGCAGUAUGCCAAGAGAGUAGUCCAUGUUAAGAUGACAGUGAAUGAUACAAUAUUCACAGUCAAUGGCAGCCAGGCGAUAGCUCGGGAGGAGAUGAUCCCAGUGCCGGGGACAGUGAAUGGAAUCAACGCUCUCGGCCUGGUGGUGUUCUCCAUGUGCUUUGGUCUGAUCAUCGGGAGCAUGAGAGAACAGGGGCAGCCCCUGAAGGACUUCUUCGACUGUCUCAAUGAGGCCAUCAUGAGGCUGGUUGCCAUAAUCAUGUGGUAUGCCCCUAUCGGUAUCCUGUUCCUGAUUGCUGGUAAGAUUGUGGAGAUGGACGACAUCACAAGCAUGGGUGGCCAGCUGGGCAUGUACACAGUGACAGUCAUCUGUGGCCUGCUCAUCCACGCCAUCUUUGUCCUGCCAACGCUCUACUUUGUUAUCACCAGGAAGAACCCCUUUGUCUUCAUUGCAGGGAUUUUGCAAGCACUCAUCACUGCCCUGGGAACAUCUUCUAGUUCUGCCACUUUGCCCAUCACUUUUAAAUGCCUUGAGGAAAACAACAAGGUGGACAAGCGUGUGACCCGUUUUGUGCUCCCUGUAGGUGCCACCAUAAACAUGGAUGGCACAGCCCUGUACGAAGCCCUGGCAGCCAUCUUUAUUGCUCAGGUUAAUGAUUAUGACCUUAACUUCGGACAGAUUCUCACCAUCAGUAUCACAGCCACAGCAGCAAGCAUUGGAGCAGCUGGAAUCCCUCAGGCAGGACUGGUUACCAUGGUAAUAGUGCUAACCUCUGUUGGCCUGCCCACUGAUGACAUCACACUCAUCAUUGCAGUUGAUUGGUUCCUGGACCGAUUGCGCACAACCACUAAUGUCCUCGGAGACUCCAUCGGUGCAGGUAUAGUGGAGCACCUGUCUCGCCACGAGUUGCAGAAUAAAGACCCAGAAGUGGGCAACUCAGUGGUGGAGGAAGCAGACAAGAAGCCUUACCAGCUCAUCUGCCAGGAGAAUGAGUACGAGAACGAGAGGCCUGCUGACAGCGAGACCAAGAUGUAGUUGGAGAGAUUUUUUCAGAGGUUGCAUGAAUUCUUAUGAAAAACACUACAUUGAACCAUUUUCUGUUCUAAUCUCUACUUUAUUUCCCAGUGUCAAAACCUUCCUCUGACAAAAUUGGAGAUCUCACCUGAUCACAUGUAACUAGAAUAAAUGAGCCGAGGUGAGUUCCAACACAGUGGAAGGUCUGAUGUGGGCUCUCUUGACAUAAUGUAGAGAGAAAUGGUUCACUGUUGCAUUGUUUUUCUAAGGUUUUAUGCUAUGUAUCUGCCAUAGGGUGGCAGAUGUUUACUAUUGAAAAUGAACUACUCUAGAGCCUGGUGGUUUGUGGCCUGCAUGCCAUAUCCAACUCCUCUCAGAACUGUCAUAACUAAUCUCACCCACUAGAGGCCAGUAUUGGUGCAAGUCCUGACACCACAGCAGAUUUACAGCCCAAAGUUGCACAGACUUGUUCCUGGCUUUAAAGUUGUUGCUUUUGUUUCCGUUCAAGUGGUGUUGAAUGUGAAAAGAUGUCAAUGAAGUGGGAGUGAAAAUCUGUGGACUGAUGUGAGUGUUGGAUAUCAUGCACAUACACUGUGACCAGGCCAACUUCUUUGGGGGAAAAGGGCUGUCUAUUUACACAUUUCUGUACAGACAUUAGUGGCUUUAUUUUCUGUGAUUAUGGUGUUUUUGUACAGGUAUAAACUGAAUGAAUUGUGUCAUUUAAACACAUGCUUUCCCCGCCCCCUAACUGUCCAAACCAGUCUGCUAUUGUUAGGCAAAAGAAGCUGUUAGAAUACCAUGGCAACUAUCAUUGUGCCUGCCCUACCAAUCUUAAUAGGUGACGCCAUCUUUUUUUUUUUUUGUGAAACAUAAUAGUUUGUUCUUCAAACCACUCAUUACAAUGGCCAAGACUGAUGAACCAAAAUCACUCAGCCAAGCUUUUACCUGUAAAUUGCUUAGCAGAGAAUUCUAACUGUAAUCACUUCAGAAUCUAAAGCAAUUAUAUUUUGACCAAAAACAAAUACAAAAAACAAACAACACCAAAAACGUUAUCUAAUUUUUCUGUAAGAUUUCAUUUCACACAAUUAAAUCAUACCCACCCAUUCCCAAACAGAUUGCUAAUACACUCAAUAAUGCAGCACUGUUUUAACAGGAAGAUAGUAAGAUAGUGUAUUUCUAAUAAAUAGUUAUGGUGAUUGUGACUCAACACCUCGAAAAGGAAGCUCUUAUAACGGAGCAGACCCUCUAACAUGGCCAUGGAACUCCUAAUUAUUUGGUUAAAAUAUUCAUUAAUCAGUGUGGAAUAUCUACUUUAUAUUAAAUUAGUGAAAUAGUAGUCAGUAGAUUGGAUAUAUGAUUUUCUAAAUUAGCGAGGUUACAUUCAAGUCGUGAAUAUUUCCAUAUAUUCUUCAAUUCUUAUUUCAUAUGGUCUAAUAUGGAUGCAUGUUGUAAAGUAAUGGAUUUAAUUUCAUUCCCCAGCUUUUAGUUAGUUAGUUUGGAUUUGUAAGUGCUGCUUUGUAUUUGAACUAAUUCAUUAUACAUAACAAAUGCAACAUUUACAUAGAAGCUGCUUUGUAUAGAAGAUUCUUCUGAAUAUAAUGUACUUGUAUAGAGAAAUGUAGAUAAAAGUGUACAUUAAUUGUAGAUUCAAAUUGUAAAAGGUUACUUGAGGACUGUUAUGUAAAGAUGCUGUAACCCUGCUCCUAUCAAACCUAAUUACCAAACUAACAAUCCCUCAUUUUCCUUUUAUAAAUGCAAAACUGGCUGAUUUAAUGGACCAAAUGAUUUCCUUUACAGACUUGAGGAAAUGGAAUAGUUUGUUUACAGAUGCUGGUUUCUCCUUUGAUAUGAUAAUUUCUCAUGUGGGUGCACAUACACAUGCAUGCAUGCACACACACACACACACACACACACACACACACACACACACACACACACACACACACGCAAAGACUGAAUAGUUGUAGUUUUGUCUUGCAUGAAUUUUUAAAAAUAAAAACAAUGAAAUCA